CAAACGGUUUAGCUCAAGCCUAGAUGGCCUUGGCUUCCACGCCAUGGCACUAGGAUGUUUGAGCAGAAGUUGUCAGCACCUUUCGAGGCCACGAUUGCUGGCCUCCAGCGCUCCAACGCUUCGGCGCUUUUCGACUGGCUCUCUUUGGAACGAAUAUGAGGAUCGAGCCGGACCUUCUUAUUUGGACAUGCAGGCAACAACUCCUGUAGAUCCACGUGUUUUGGACGCAAUGCUUCCAUACUACCACGGUCGUUUUGGUAAUCCCCAUAGUCGCAGCCACUCCUAUGGUUGGGAUGCCGAAGAAGCCACUGAGAAGGCUCGAGAACAAGUUGCACGACUUAUCAAUGCCGAUGCCAAGGAGAUUUUCUUCACCUCCGGGGCGACCGAGUCAAACAAUAUGGCAAUCAAAGGAGUUGCAGAAUUCUACGAGGGAUCUGGAAAAAAGCACAUUGUCACUACUCAGACUGAGCACAAAUGUGUUUUGGCCUCCUGCCGCCGGCUGGAAGUCGACAAAGGUUGGAGUGUGACUUACUUGCCAGUGGACAAGUAUGGACUUGUGAAUCUUCAGGAUCUGGAAAAUGCAAUCCGUGAUGAUACGGCUCUGGUUUCAGUGAUGCACAUUAACAACGAGAUUGGCACAAUGCAACCAGUUGAAGAGAUUGGACAGAUUUGUGCGAAGAAGCAGGUCUUUUUUCACACCGACGCAGCUCAAAGCGUUGGCAAGGUGCCGGUUGAUGUUAAGAAGGUUGGCGCAGCGCUGAUGUCAAUCUCAGCUCACAAGAUGUACGGCCCAAAGGGUAUCGGUGCUUUGUACGUUCGACGGAAGCCACGAGUGCGCCUUCGCCCCGUGAUCGACGGCGGGGGCCAGGACAGGUUUGAGACUGUUUAUCUUAGUCAUGUUUAA